AUGUCCUGGGCAGGGUUCAAGAAAAAUGUCAACCGCGCUACCACGCAGGUGAUGAUGAAGACGGGACAUGUGGAGCGCACAAGUGAUCGCGAUUAUGAGAUUGAAGAGCGUCGGUACCGGACGAUGGAAGCCGCCGCAAAUCGGUUACAGAAAGAGGCAAAGGGAUACUUGGAUUCGCUACGAGCUAUGACUGCCUCGCAGAUGCGGAUCGCCGAGACUAUUGAUGCCUUCUAUGGUGAUGCCGGGACCAACGACGGAGUGAGUCGGAGUUAUAAGCAGGCUGUGGAGGAUCUGGAUGCGGAAACGAUCAAGGCGCUGGACGGCCCGUACCGCUCGACUGUGUUGGAACCCAUCUCUCGGUUCUGUGCCUACUUCCCGGAUAUCAACGAAUGCAUUAAGAAGCGCAACCACAAGUUACUCGAUUAUGAUUCUAUGCGCGCCAAGGUCAAGAAGCUGGUCGAGAAGCCCGAUAAGGAUGCGACGAAAUUGCCCCGGACGGAGCGCGAGACGGAAAUCGCCAAGCAAGCGUAUGAGCAGUUGAACGAACAACUCUUCACUGAACUGCCUCAGCUCAUCGACCUGCGGGUGCCGUACCUGGAUCCUAGCUUUGAGGCCCUGGUGAAGAUUCAACUGCGGUUCUGCGCGGAGGCAUACUCGCGCAUGGCGCAGGUGCAACAGUACUUGGAUGCGGAGACGAGGGAUCAGUAUGCUCGGGGAGACCUGGACAACCGGGUGGAAGAGGUGUUGCAGGAGAUUCGGGAUUUGAGCAUAGCAGGCACGGUCUGA